GAUUGUGCCUUAUGAUCACAUGAAAACCCUGACAAGAAAACCAACUGAAGGACAAGCAAGAGCGAGAUUUAAUUUCCAAGCCCAGACUUCCAUGGAAAUGUCCCUCAGCAAAGGGGAGCUGGUUGUUCUGACCCGUCGAGUCGAUGAAAACUGGUAUGAGGGUCGAAUAGGCGCUCGCAAGGGUAUUUUCCCUGUCUCCUAUGUAGACACCCUGGUGGAACCAGGUCCUGACAGACCUUGUGAGUAUAGGUUUAAUUUAUUUUUGUUUUUUCUCUCAUUAAUAGCUUUAUAG